GCAAGCACAACAGCGCAUCUCUGGGGUUCGGGGCUGAGCACAGCAGCGCAGCUGGUGACCAGCUGGUGAGUGAAGAACGAGGCUGACCAUGGGAUCUGUGGGUUCAAGUCUCUUCCUGGCGGACUGUGUGAAGUUCAAGGGUGACCUUGGGGACGUCCUGAGCGAUUUCGCCCCGUGUUAUGGCCCAGGCCUUCGAAGCAAACGGAUGGAGGAGAUGAUGCAGGAGCUCUUCCGCUUGCAAGAUCUCAACCAGAAUGGUAUGUUGGAGGAGGCGGAGCUCCUCAAGCUCAACGAAAAGAUCGCCAUCCUCCAUGGCGCGGACGUGGCAGCAGCGCAGCGCAGGUUCUCGCAGAUCUUCCGCAGCGAAUUGGAUCCGGAGGGCCGACCCAUCACCUUCUCGAGGUUCCGGCGCUACAUGUUCCGCAUGUUGGACUCAAUGGAUCCCGACGAGCCCACACAGGCCAUGAUCAUGGACCAGUUCAUUGCUGAGGCGGAUUUGGCCAUUGCGACCUUCCCCAAAUCUCUGAAGGUGAACGCCGGCUUCAUGCGAGUGCCUUCCUGAGAUGUACAGCCUCCAGUUGGUUUCGACAAGCUGUGAGCUUCGUGAUGAUGUGCGAAUGCUUCAAACCGGGGAGUGCCGAGUGCCUGGCAACCCCGAGUAAGGUUGAUAGGUUCAAUGAGUGUGGCUCCAAUAUUCUCUCUCGACA